ACUUUGGAGUGUGAAAGGGAGUUCCUAAAGUUUUCAAAGAGGGCAGCACACAUUGUACUUUUGAAUCUGUUUGCAGAGCCUCAUGACAGAACACUAGCAUGCGCAAAAUCAUUCAGGUUAGAAUGCAGGCUGACACAUGUGGGAUAACUCAUGCGCAGAGGUCUCGUUGACAUGUUUGUAUUUCAUUGACUUGCUGCUCUGUGUCUGGACUUUGGAUCUGAACGGAAGGAGUAGCUGGACGGGAAGAGAAAAGAAGGACGACUCUUUAAGAACAAGUCCAGGUAGAAUGGGAUAGAAACAGCAAAGAGAAAAACUAAACUUCUAGUUGGAGAGAUGGACUGAGGGGAGAAAAGGACAACACAGUGUAUGGACAUGGGAAGAGAGAGACUCACCUGGGGAUUGCUGCUGCGUGUGGGUGUUCUGCUCACUGGCUUGUGUGUGUGUGUUCAUGUUUACCUGGAGACUGGUUGGCGGGGAACACCUGCACCCCUGGGACGUCCCACACAGGCUAUUCAGAACUGGGGAACCAAAGCAGAAACAGAGGAGCAGGACAGGAGUAUUAAAAGGAGAAUCUCUUAUGUUCGAACACUAAAGAAGGACAGCCAGAUUAAGAAGAAGGAGGAGGACAAAGAGGAGCCUUCACCUGCAUGCUGCCCACCUUUACGCUCGCACAGAAAGGCUCCUCGGUGGCAUAUAGACUUGGAGCCCUGGGCCCGUGUGAGUCAUUCUCUGGAGGAUGAAGCCAAAAGGUUCCUCAACUACAUCACAACACCACAAGUGUCGUGUGCAGCUCAGGAGGGGACCAAAGGAGCCUGGGCUGCAUGUCUGGACCCCAAAUACAGCCUGAGCCACAGAAUACAAAGCAAACACUGCCGGGUUUACUCUUUUGGGUUGGGUGUGGAUGAUCGGACCUUGGAGCGCUCUCUCGCCAGGGCAGGAUGUGAGGUCCACUGCUUUGAUCCCAGUCUGAAGCAGCCUCACCUGCAGCAGGCUGAAAUGUGGCUUCAUCGGCUUUCCAUAGACUGGAGGGAUCCCAACCCGGCCUUUGUUGCCCAGCGUCAUGCAAACACCAAGAAACUGGCCACCAUCCUAAAUGACUUUGGACACAGACAGGUGGACGUACUGAAGGCAGAUAUGGAGAGCGCAGAGUGGAAGAUUUUGGAGAACUUGGUCCUGGAAGGAGUUCUGGAUUCAGUGGGUCAGCUGUUGUUGGAGCUUCACCUGCACUGGGCGGGCUUCGAGGUGGGCGGCGAUGACCCAUCCGUGGUGCGGUACUGGUUCAGCCUGCUGAAGGAGCUGGAGCGUGCCAACUUCCGCCUCUUCCAUGUCCACAGUGACCCAGCCAAACCUCACCUCUUCCUGCAUAAGAAUGUCCUCAACGCCAGCAGUGUUUACACCCUGAGCUGGGUGAACACAGAGUGGAAGCCUUGAGGGAAGCAAGACUGAGCGACUAAACCCCCAAAAACACAUCUUGGCUGUAACAGCUUCUGAAUGGAAAUAUACAAGUUUGUGUCACAUGGAGAUUUAACUCGUCGUAGUACAUAUUCUGCCAGAGCACAGCUGUUCCCUAAAAGACUGCUCUUAUCUGGCCUGACCUUUCUGCCGAGCUGAAAUCCCUGCUCCUAUUUAUCCUGCUCUUCCUCUCCUGGCCUGUAAAGACCAUAUACACGUGAAAGGCAGAAUAAUUGCUUUCACAGGGCUCUGUGUUCUACCUCAUAGUGGUGGUGUUUUGGCUGCAGGUCAGCCUCCGAUUCAGUCAGCUCCGUCAUCAUGUACCUAUCAGAGCCCUCCCGCCUGGUUUUUAUACAACCUUUCCAGAUUACAUUGGUCCUUACAGGCUUAAUGUCCGCUCAUUAGAACAUGAAUUAAAGGAAAUAGAUACAUGAUGUAAAGAUGAUUCAUUGAAUUUGUUGAGGCAGCAAUUGGGUCUUUAACAAAAAGAGAAGGAGCAGUGGAAUGUGUGUACUAAAAUUAGAGAAUUGAAAUCUUCUCUGAAGGCGGAAGAUGUCUGGACUUCUUCCCUACAGUUCGACCCUGAUAUGAUUUGAUCUCUAACAGAAAACACAACAGUAAUAUGAAGGACGCCAAAGUGAUGCCUCUAUUGUGAUGGUUGGAUAUUUGAAUGAAGAUGUGUGGGAGAGUGCGUGGGAAAAAGACUAAAAGAAUACAUGAACUCCAAUUAUUUUCUUCCCAUUUCGCAGUGUCCUGGGUUGUAAUGAAACAAAACCAACACAAAGAAGCAUUGUGUGUGACUGUCAUUUCUCUAUCUCCUUUCACUUUUCUUGUGGAGCACAAUAAGCCUCACAACGCUAUCUCUGCUGCACCAGAACUUAAACAACAACCUUCCUCUGAAAACAAUACACUGUGAUUGACGACCUCGUAAAUAAUCAAAUAAAUCUGAUUUUCCAAAUAUUUAAAUGCAAUUUAAUAAAGAAAUAAUAAUA